AAACGGGAGGAGCUCGUGAGUGUUAGUGGACCAUGACUCAUGGUAGCUAGAUUAGUAAUGUUAUCAGUGAAAUAUACUAACACUAACAGUGAGGUUUGGACUGAGUAGGUAUAAACUACUCCUACCAGAGAACCGGUCGAGACGAGACCAGUCAAACAAAAGUCAGGGCAUAGACUGUGUUUAGAGUUCAGGAGUUAGUUUUUUUAGGGAAUUAGCGACAAAGGUGUCUUUAAAAUCUUGUUUAUGUAUAAACAAAGUGUUUUUAUUUUCCAGCUUUUUGUAUGCUGUAUUGUUAGAUCAUAAUUAAUGAUAUAUAGGCUAUUAGACGUUGGGCAGAGUAUGAUAAGCGGAUCCGGUUUUUAUUUUUUAUAGUAAAUUGGAAGCUCAUAAUAUAAAACUAAAUGUUAAAGUUGUCCAACAAAUAAGUAGGUCUGGGGUUUUGGAAAUAAUUGAGAUUGGUGCUAAGGUGAAAUAGCAAGAGGUCAUAUCAUCAAAGUACACUGUAUGCCAAUAUGUUUACUACUAACAUUCCUCCCAGAAAAGUAAGGAGAAUGAUGAAGAAACAACGGAUGUUGGAGGAAAAGAUAAAAAACGCUAAACAAAGCUUUUCUCACUCAGGACCAUCUGGAUCUGGAUUUAUGAAACCUGAAAUUUCUUGUAAUUUUGGAUCAGUGCCCUCUAUAGGAGCAUCCUUGAAUUCACUGGUUCAGACAACACCAGGAGUACAGACUACAAGGUUUGGGCCCGUCAUUCACCAAUCGACAGAAAUAAAACCAUCUUUAACUGAACAGUUCAAAUCUACAUUUCCUGCAUUUCAAAGUUCAACGCCGUCAACAAGCAGUUUACCUCAAAACAAUAAAGAAGAUAAACAAAUUACUGUGGAUCCUAACCCAUCUGAAAGUUUUACAAAUAUUCAAAACGUUGAAAUUAACGGAAUAAACCCCAAGAGUCCAUUUCCUAAACUUUUAAUUUUUAAAGGCUGUGCAAAACAAUACUGUGGAGGUGUACAGUUUUUAAGAAAGAGCUUCUAUUAUUCUAUAUAUGGACCACUUACAUGUUUGAAGGAACAAUGUGGAGAUGUAGUCAAAGCAAGACUCUGGGUUGCUGGGAAUUGUGUGCGUGAAGGCCAAGGUUACACAAGCAUAGAAGCAGAAUUGGAUGCAAUGUACAAGCUCUUUCAGGAGCUGCGAACCACCAACUAUUAUAUUGAGCUUAAGGACAGUUAUAUGCCAGGAAAAAAAAAGACGUUUCCACCGUUUCUAAGCAAUGUUGAUCCAUCUCUGAGCCAUAUUUACAAGGUUGUUUGUCUACGGAAGCGGGAUGGAAGUACUUUUGUACAUAAUAUACAAGGGGCAGUGGACUAUGUUUCUUCAGCUAGGGAAUUGCUCGACUAUAUAAAGAAUCACGGAAACACUGGUUCUAAGGCAGAUCUCUUCAUAUUUAAUGUCGACAAAUCACAACGUACUGAAAUAUACCGGUAAGUACUUAAUUUGUAAAAAUAUACAUAUGA